AUGAAUAAGUCGAACAACCUUUUAAUUGAAACUUCCAAGAGAAGGAGAAAACAUUUCCCCCCGCCCAAUGUUCCAACUUCCCAUUGUGUCUCUUUAUGCACAUUAAAGAUUAAACCCCCAAAUUGCUUCAGAGGCGCAGCGCCAAAACCCUUCUUUGAACUGCUGCCGGAUUCUCUCAUCCACCGCCGUCAAGCGCCCGCAAGUGGUUGA